CCCGGCCGCGGACUACGACUCCCGCCAGGCGCCGCGGCGCAGCGCAUGAGCCCUGCUCGGCUCCGGCGCGUCUAUUAUGCUGCCGGGGCCGGCGAGCCAAAGAGGAGCCGGCCGCGCGGGCCGGGAGGGACGGCCGCCGGAGCCGCAGAGGCCAAGUGCUGCCCGCUCGGGCCCAGAAAUGGGAUGUCAGGCCUCCAAAAGGAGCACAGUGGAAGCCAGGGCCUCCCCGAGCCGCUGCUGUGACGGCCAGUGAGCGCGCCGCAGAGGAUGUCCACCACGACGACAGUUGCCCCCACGGGGAUCUCGGCGGCCCCGGGCCCGGUCAACCCGCCCCCGCCGGAGGUCUCCAACCCCGCCAAGCCCGGCCGCAAGACCAACCAGCUGCAGUACAUGCAGAACGUGGUGGUGAAGACGCUCUGGAAACACCAGUUCGCCUGGCCCUUCUACCAGCCCGUGGACGCGAUCAAGCUGAACCUGCCCGAUUAUCAUAAAAUCAUAAAAAACCCGAUGGACAUGGGGACUAUUAAGAAGAGACUAGAGAAUAAUUACUACUGGAGCGCGAGUGAGUGUAUGCAGGACUUCAACACCAUGUUUACAAAUUGUUACAUUUAUAACAAGCCCACAGAUGACAUAGUGCUAAUGGCCCAAGCCUUAGAGAAAAUUUUUCUGCAGAAAGUGGCCCAGAUGCCCCAGGAGGAAGUUGAAUUAUUACCCCCUGCUCCGAAGGGCAAAGGCCGGAAACCGGCUGCAGGAACUCAGAGUGCAGGUACACAGCAAGUGGCGGCCGUGUCCUCUGUCUCCCCAGCGACCCCCUUCCAGAGCGUCCCCCCCACUGUCUCCCAGACGCCUGUCAUCGCUGCCACCCCAGUGCCAACCAUCACUGCAAACAUCACGACUGUCCCCGUUCCCCCAGCCGCUGCCCCGCCUCCUCCCUCCACGCCCAUCAUCCCCGUGGUUCCUCCCACACCGCCUGUAGUCAAGAAAAAGGGCGUGAAGCGGAAAGCAGACACCACGACGCCCACGACAUCCGCCAUCACCGCCAGCCGGAGCGAGUCGCCCCCGCCGCUGUCAGACCCCAAGCAGGCCAAGGUGGUAGCACGGCGGGAGAGUGGGGGCCGCCCCAUCAAGCCACCCAAGAAGGACCUGGAGGACGGUGAGGUGCCGCAGCACGCGGGCAAGAGGGGCAAGCUGUCGGAGCACCUGCGGCACUGCGACAGCAUCCUCAAGGAGAUGCUGUCCAAGAAGCACGCGGCCUACGCCUGGCCCUUCUACAAGCCGGUGGAUGCUGAGGCCCUGGAGCUGCACGACUACCACGACAUCGUCAAGCACCCGAUGGACCUCAGCACCGUCAAGAAGAAGAUGGACAGCCGCGAGUACCCAGAUGCUCAGGGCUUUGCUGCUGACAUCCGGUUAAUGUUCUCCAACUGUUACAAGUACAACCCCCCGGACCACGAGGUGGUGGCCAUGGCCAGGAAGCUCCAGGACGUGUUUGAGAUGCGGUUUGCCAAGAUGCCUGACGAGCCCGUGGAGGCGCCAGCGCUGCCCGCCCCCGCGGCCCCCGUGCUGAGCAAGGGCGCGGAGAGCAGCCGCAGCAGUGAGGAGAGCUCCUCGGACUCAGGCAGCUCCGACUCGGAGGAGGAGCGGGCCACCCGGCUGGCUGAGCUACAGGAGCAGCUGAAGGCUGUGCACGAGCAGCUAGCCGCCCUGUCGCAGGCCCCUGUGAACAAGCCAAAGAGGAAGAAGGAGAAGAAGGAGAAGGAGAAGAAGAAGAAGGACAAGGACAAGGACAAGGAGAGGCACAAGGCAAAGUCUGAGGAUGAGAAGAAGGCCAAGGUGGCCCCACCUGCCAAGCCGGCCCAGCCGAAGAAGGCGCCUGCCAAGAAGGCGAGCAGCACGGCCGCGGCCAGCAGGCAGCCGAAGAAGGGCGGCAAGCAGGCAUCAGCCUCCUACGACUCAGAGGAGGAGGAAGAGGGCCUGCCCAUGAGCUACGACGAGAAACGCCAGCUCAGCCUGGACAUCAACCGGCUGCCCGGGGAGAAGCUGGGCCGGGUGGUGCACAUCAUCCAGUCCCGGGAGCCCUCGCUCAGGGACUCCAAUCCCGACGAGAUCGAGAUUGACUUUGAGACUCUGAAACCCACCACUUUGCGGGAGCUAGAGAGAUACGUCAAGUCUUGUUUACAGAAAAAGCAAAGGAAGCCAUUCUCCACGAGCGGGAAGAAGCAGGCAGCCAAGUCGAAGGAGGAGUUAGCUCAGGAAAAGAAGAAGGAGUUAGAGAAGCGGCUGCAGGACGUGAGCGGACAGCUGAGCAACAACAAGAAGCCGGCCAAGAAAGAGAAGGCGGGCUCUGCGCCCUCGGGAGGGCCGUCCCGGCUCAGCAGCAGCAGCUCCUCCGGGUCCGGGAGCAGCAGUUCCAGCGGAUCCAGCUCGGACAGCAGCGACUCAGAAUGAGCUCUGCACUCACAGAACAGAACAGAACCAGCGACGUCGCACACGCCGAAACUCUGCAGUGUUCCCUUCUCUGGUUAAUAUACUACUUUCGUUCCACGGUGUGCAGGUUUCUUUUUAACUCAGUGUUAUGGUAUCUUCCAGUUUUUGCUUUAAUAGGUCAAAGAUCUUUCUCGUGUGUCCGUGAGGCUUUAUGAGCAGGGGUGAGACCGCGUAAAGUCCUUUCCUCGUAACUGAGUUCAGUUGCUUGGAGAUGGCAACUUCCAACGCUGACCUGAUGACCGUAGAAAACCGUGUCGGAUGGGAUCUGAAGUUUCUUGCAAAAACUCCUUUCUUAGGCCCGACCUGGUCUGUAGCCCCAGAAAGACUUGUUGGAAAGGACGUUUCUCUGAGAUGGUACCAUACUGAAGGCUGUCAGCUUUGCGAAUAGGUGUUGUCUCUGCCCUUCGACUCCCCCGUGCUCAGCCCUGCUGCGGCCAGGCUUGCCUCUUGCUGCGGGGGCCGAAGGUUGGGGGGCGGGGCCGUGGGCUCCAGUCCGGGCUUCUGCAGGGGAAGGUUGGGGAGAGGCAGGUGGGCGCAGAGGGAGGGGCGUCAGGAGCUCCCGGGAGGGAACACGGGGGCCGCCUGUGCCACGCGCAGCUUUCCAUACACUGAAACUUUUACCUCAACUUAAAAAAAAAGGAAAAAAAGAAAAAAAAAAGAAAAGAUUAAAAAAAAACAAAAACAAAAGGAGACUUUUUUUGUAAGGUUCAAUUUUCUACGAAAGUCCAGCCCCAUGUGUGUCCCCAACCCGUGAGCUGCCGGUGCCGCACACUCUGGAGACCUUUCCCCGGUUUCGUGUAUAUAGGAACACUUUAUUUAUUAACAUCAUUGGUCGUUUUUUUUAAAAAAAGAAAAACAAAACUGCUAAAGAAAUGCAUUUAAAAAAAAAAAAAAAGCAGACACGCACACGCAGGCCUUUUAUGUGGUUGGAAGGAGAGCCCCAGACCCUGCCCGGAUGGCGGACUGUGACCUCCAGGUGCUGGCGUCCCGCCACCUGUGCCGGUGCUCAAUCGCGCCUGCGCGCUCGCCCUUCCCCGCCUGCCCCGCGGCCCGUGUCUGUCUCCGUGUGCGCGCGGGGUCCGGACGCACAGGCACAGACAACUUCCAGCCGCAGCACAUGCUCAGUCUUCGUUUUGUGUGUCGAGUUCUUUUGUACUCACUUCUGGUCUCUUUAGGACUGUUUUAAAAGAAAUCAAUUUAGGGAACCCCAGUUAUAUAAUAUAAACUUUGUAAUCUGAAAGAAAAAAAUGUAUAGUAAAUCUAAGUCUUGAUUUUUAACUUUCUAUUGUAAAAAAAUAAUAAUAAUAAUAUACAGAGUUUAACAGAA